GUUUCUGCAAGCAAACACCACUCACUUGAGUACAAAUUAAACUGAAAGGCAAAUCAUUCAAUGUACAGCUUUGAAGAGUGGAGAAUGGUGGAGAAGAAAACAAAAAUUGGACGCCCAAAGCGGGACACUUUUUACUGGAUGGUUUAAUGAUUAGUUUGAGACAGUACCUAGCAUAAUAUAUACGCUGCUCACUGCAGUUGCAAGACAUUGUCCUUGACCAAACUGCACUGUAGGUUUCAUUAUAACCACUGCCAAAAAAAAAAAAUUGCUUGCUGAAACGAAAUGGAUUGGACAGAGCCGAUUCCAGCGUUGUUUCUCUUUAUCCUUAUGGUUUCCUUUGUUUUGAAACUGGGCAUUUUCUGGAACAAGAGCUCCCAAAAUCUUCCACCAGGACCAAGGCCUUUACCUCUAAUUGGGAAUCUCCACAUCAUGGAUCUGAAGAGGCCUUACAGAACCAUGUUAAAGUUGUCAAAGCAAUAUGGCCCUGUCUUCAGCAUCCAAAUGGGACCUCAGAAAACUGUGGUGUUGACAGGAUAUGAGACAGUAAAGGAGGCUCUGGUUAAUCAGGCGGACGCAUUUGCAGACAGACCCAUCGUUCCAAUGCCUCAUGAGCAUUCACAAGGCUUUGGUUUAGUUCUGUCUAAUGGUGAAAACUGGAAAGUGAUGCGGAGGUUUGCUUUAAGCACAUUACGGGACUACGGAAUGGGAAAGAGGACCAUAGAGGAUAGAAUUGUUGAGGAAUGCAAUGUCCUGAUAAAGAAAUUUGAAUCUUACGAAGGAAACCCAUUUGAGACCACCACAAUUAUGAAUGCAGCUGUUGCCAAUAUUAUAGUGGCCAUACUACUAGACAAGCGAUUUGAUUAUGAAGAUCCCACAUACAUAAGACUUCUGAAGUUGGUCAAUGAAAAUGUCCGGCUCGUCGGAAGCUCUUCAGUCAUGCUGUGUAAAAUGUUUCCUGCUCUUGGUUUUCUUUUGGGGGCUUAUAAGACUGUCCUUCAAAACAGAGAUGAGCUGUUUGCCUUCAUAAAUGCCACCUUCCUAAAACACCUCAGAGAUCUGGAUGAAAAUGACCAGAGGAGCUUUAUUGACUCAUUUCUUAUCCAGCAGCAAGAGUUUAUACUCUUUGUAACCCAGGAGAAGAAGAAGAAGAAGACGAAUGCAUAUUUUCACAACGAAAACUUAACAAGGGUUGUGGCCGACUUAUUUGGUGCUGGCAUGGAGACCACUUCUACCACAAUGCGCUGGGGACUGUUACUAAUGAUGAAAUAUCCUGAAAUUCAGAUAAAGGUCCAAGAAGAAAUUGCAAAGGUUGUUGGAUCUUCUCAGCCAAGGAUUGAACACCGAACAAAAAUGCCUUAUACAGAUGCUGUGGUCCAUGAGAUCCAGAGAUUUGCCAAUAUCAUCCCAACCAACCUGGCACAUGCCACGGCUACAGAUGUUACCCUCAAUGGAUACUUCAUUGCAAAGGGGACUCACGUCAUACCAUUGCUGUCCUCUGUGUUGCACGAUGAAUCUCAAUGGGAGAAACCACAUAAAUUCUAUCCUGAGCAUUUUCUCAACUCUGAAGGAAAAUUUGUAAAGAGAGAUGCUUUCAUGCCUUUCUCUGCAGGACGGAGAGCAUGUUUAGGUGAGACUCUUGCCAAAAUGGAGCUCUUCCUCUUCUUCGCAAGUCUCCUGCAGAGAUUCACCUUCCAGCCACCCCCUGGAACAUCUCAAGAAGACCUGGACCUUACUCCUGCUGUUGGGCUUACAACACCUCCAAUGCCCCACCAGCUCUGCGCUCUGCCACGUUUCUAAGACUCACAAGUUCCUGGCUUGCUUAUCCUACCUGUGUGUGCAAUGCGAGCCUUUCUUAAAACAGCCCUGAUCAACAAGGGUAUUUGGGUUAAGUAUCCUAUGGGUAGAAUUGGUCCGUGCUUCAUCACAAACCUGAAAUGUUCCCCUUUAUCUGCCAUACUGCCGAAUCACGUGAAACUAGCAUUAGAGCAUCUCUUACUUAAAUCCUGGUUCUUUAAAAAGUCUGUCAUAAUAGAUGUGGCAACUGGAUUUGCUUCUGGCAUCUCCAUGCUGUCAAUUAGUUCAGUGACUUUCUGCUUCUGGCUUAGGAUAAAGCAACCAUCUUCCAUCUUCUCUCUGUAUCUGAAUGAACUUUCUCUGAGAGUCUGGGUGGCUUAAGGGUUCCCUCAUCAAUGGAAUAUUGACUAGUCAUAUCAAAAAUAAAAAUGGGGGAAAUGUGUCCAAUUCAAAAUUAAAACUCAAAUCUCCACAAGUGGAAAAACUCAAAACCUUCUAUGCCUAGCUAUUGCUCUGAGACGGAAGUCACCAUGUGUUCACCAGGAAAUCUCUUAAGAAAAUCCAGCAACAUCGACUAAAAUACUUUAAAUUUUGUCUUAACGUGGCCUCAUAUCCUUUGUAGAAAUGUAUUUAGACACUACGAGAGGAUGCACUUCUUAGUUAUCAUCCUUCCUUGCUCACAUUGUUGCAUGUCAUACGCACAUAUAGGGUAUAGAAAGGUAUACCCUAAUGCCGCCAUGUUAAACAGUUUCAGGAUGAAAAUGAAUAAAAACUACGGUAUGCUAAAAAGAAAAA